AUGCGUCAUCAUAGGUCAUACUCCUUCCGCCGACUUCCACGAUCUUCUGCAUUUCGCAUACUCGUCCUUCUUUAUGUCCUUCUGGAUUCACUACACUGCCUUUCCUUAUACAGAUACCAAACAGCGACAAUCAUUGCCCCGCCCCCACCUCGCAACACGAAGCGCGUAUACAUAGCCUCCCAGCACUGGAAUAAUGCGCGACUGCUCCGAGAACAUUGGAACAACGCGCUGGUAGCGUUGGUACAAGAACUAGGCAUUGAGAACGUGUUCGUAUCGAUAUACGAAAGUGGUAGCUAUGAUGAUAGCAAGGCUGUGCUAGGAGAAUUGGACACGGUGCUGGAAGGCCUACAAGUCAGGAGGUCGAUACAACUGUCCGAAACAUCACACGCGGACGAGAUUGCACAGCAGCCGACGGAACAUGGAUGGGUCAAGGCACCGGACGGGAGGGAUUACAAGCGGCGUAUACCAUUUCUAGCGAACAUACGAAAUCGUGUCUUCCAACCCUUGGAACGUCUGACAGCUGAAGGCGAGCACUUCGAUACCAUCCUGUUUCUCAACGACGUGGUGUUUACACCCCAAGAUGUUCUGAGAUUGUUGGAUACAAACGGCGGAAAAUACGCGGCAGCUUGCUCGAUCGACUUCAAGAAGCCGCCGCAAUUCUACGAUACAUUCGCACUCCGAGACUCGAGCGGCCACGAGGCGGUCGUACAAACCUGGCCUUAUUUCAGGUCAUACAUCUCAAGGCAUGCAGCUGAAAGAUAUUCGCCAGUACCCGUCGGCUCUUGUUGGAACGGAAUGGUUGCCAUGCCCAUCGAACCUUUCGUCGCGAGCCCUCCCCUACGCUUUCGUGGCAUCCCCGAUUCCCUCGCGUCAUCACAUGUCGAAGCAUCUGAAUGCUGCCUGAUACACGCGGAUAAUCCUCUUUCCCUGACUCAAGGCGUCUUCCUCAACUCCAACGUCAGAGUCGGUUACAACGGUUCCUCGUACGAUGCCCUACACUCGCCGGAUGCCAUACUGUCUCCCUUCCAAAUCUUCCAGUCAGUAUGGUGGAGUCGUAUCAUAAGACUGAUCACAACUCCUCUGUUCAAGGAACGAAUUGUACGUACGAGGUUAGGAAAAUGGAUUGCAGAGACAAACAGCUGGGAGCGCGGCGACUUUUGUCUUGUCAAUGAAAUGCAGGUCCUCGUUGAAACUGGGUGGAAACACGUGUGA